CCGAAAACGUUCCUUUUAUUACAUAAUAUUUUCGCGGAAUAACCGACGAAAGGGCCGCGAAACCGCCGAAACCGACGUCGCGGGGCGAACGGCGCGGAUCGUGUCGCGCGGAAUCGAUUUCCGGCGGGUUUCCAGGAGCGGCGGAAUGGCGUUGAGAUCGAUUUGCCGGCUGUCAAUUGAUUCGACCUUCAGGCAGCCGAGCCAUUUCGGAGCCACCGCCCGGCCGAGACGACCGUCCCACGACACGCUCCUACGAAGUAUCGCCGCAGCAGCUAAGAACAUGGCACUGCCACGCGUUUUCUUCGACAUGACCGCGGAGGACAAGCCCGUGGGCCGCAUCGUGAUGGAGUUGAGGAAGGACGUUGUCCCCAAAACGGCGGAGAACUUCCGCGCGCUGUGUACCGGGGAGAAGGGUUUCGGCUACAAGGGUAGCAGUUUCCACAGGGUGAUUCCGAACUUCAUGUGCCAGGGUGGUGACUUUACAAACCACAACGGCACCGGGGGCAAGUCCAUCUACGGCGCCAGGUUCGAGGACGAAAACUUCAAGCUGACUCAUACCGAACCUGGCAUAUUGUCUAUGGCAAACGCCGGCCCCAACACCAACGGCAGCCAAUUUUUCAUCACCAGUGCCAAGACCAGCUGGCUCGACGGAAAGCACGUUGUGUUCGGAAAAGUCACCGAAGGGAUGGAUGUUGUUAGAAAAUUGGAGGCCAUGGGUUCCCAAAGCGGCAAGACAUCCAAAAAGAUCAUAAUAGCGGAUUGCGGAGAGAUGUAGAUCAACUAGAUACUGUAAUGACUGCAUUUUUAUUUAGCUGUUGCAUACCUAUUUGCUGUCUUUAUUGCCCCACUUCGUCCAUUCCUAUCGACCAAGAUUCUCUCAUCGAUACUAGUAAUUUGUUAUCGAGCACGGACAUUGAAAAACUCGUCGAAUUGUGUAGAAGGGAAUUUGCCUACAUUGUAAUAUUUUCUACUUCAAGUAACGUUACUUCCUUUUUCAUCGGAGGAUAGAAAAUCGUUUGCAGUAUGAUUGUUUUUUAUAAUAAGGAAUUUGCUAAUUUCGAAAUUUCCUUUGCUUCGUUCCACAGUUUAACACACCCGUGUGCAUUUGUAAAAAAAAUCUGUGUUAAACGAUUUGUGCGAAAUCCAUAUUCUUCCACAAAUACACUCGCUUAGUAUCACUAAGUGAUAUAGCGGAAAGACACAAUGCAAUGAGCUCAAAUUUUUCAGUAUCCUAUAUAUAUUUUAGUGAGUGUUCAAGAUACAAAUAUCUUCAGCAUUAGAAUAGCAAUUUCCGAAUUUAAAAUGAUUGAUUGAUGUAUUCUAUUGAUAUUCCAGUGUGUUAACUGAUGCAUUUCUCUUUGACGUUAUAUAUUCUUUAAUUCUACAUACGUAUAAUAUAUAUAUAUGUAUAUCACGAUUAGAGAAUCCUCGUUGUGUAUGUUUUUUAUAAAUAUAAUAUACCAUUCCUCUUCUCUGCCGAAAAAAAAACAAAGAAAAAACACAUCCUGUUUGCCUAUCGUGAUGCGGGCGAUGCCUGAAAGCGAUACAAUUUAACUGUAAUACAACACCAAGUUGAAAAAUGUAGUUGCAACAGUCUGAACAGUUUCGAUUUCUUAAAAAUAAAAUUGUUUUCAGAAAGAAAAA